GUCACACUGUAAUAACUUUCUUUCUUUCCAGCCGACUGAUAUACCCUGCGGUUAUAACCUUCUGUAUAGCGUCUGUGACAUUUCCUCAUGGAUUUGGGCAGUUCAUGGCAGGAGAGUUGAUGCCACGGGAAGCCAUCAGCACUCUCUUUGAUAAUUAUACCUGGAUCAAACACUCUGGGGACACCCAGAUCCUAGGGAAAUCUGCUGCCUGGAUCCAUCCUAAAGUCAGUGUCUUCGUCAUCAUCCUGCUCUUCUUCCUCGUGAAGUUCUGCAUGGCUGUUAUUGCCACCACGAUGCCAAUCCCCUGUGGAGGCUUCAUGCCUGUUUUCGUAUUAGGUGCUGCAUUUGGACGUCUCAUUGGGGAAAUCAUGGCAUCGCUUUUCCCCAACGGGAUCCUCUUUGAUGACAUUCUUUAUCAAAUCUUACCUGGAGGGUAUGCUGUCAUUGGUGCAGCAGCUUUGACAGGAGCAGUGAGCCAUACUGUCUCCACCGCUGUGAUCUGCUUCGAGCUGACGGGUCAGAUCUCCCACAUCCUGCCCAUGAUGGUGGCUGUCAUUCUUGCCAACAUGGUAGCCCAGAGUUUGCAGCCCAGCCUCUACGACAGCAUCAUCCAGGUGAAGAAGUUGCCCUACCUGCCAGACCUGGGCUGGAAUCACAUAAGCAAAUACAAUAUCUUUGUUGAGGACAUUAUGGUCCAAGAUGUGAAAUUUGUUUCCUCCAACUGUAAAUACCGAGACUUGCAAGCGGUACUCCAAAGCACCACAGUGAAAUCUUUGCCUUUGGUGGACUCACCAGAGACCAUGAUCCUCCUGGGGUCUGUGGAGCGUUCGGAACUUCAGGCUCUGCUCCAGACACACAUCAGCCCAGAGCGGCGGCGGCUCCUCAACAGAGAAAUGCAGCAGAAGCUGAAUGAGGCACCCUACAAUGGACCCUGGGCAAACCUGCCAAAGAUGAAGCAUGAUUCUUUUGCUUAUGUCGAUGAGGAUGAGGAUACAGAGGAGAAAGGAGAGCUGCCUCGGCCUCCAAGUCCUACUCCCAGUUAUCCAGAGGAGCCCAAUGGCCCAACAAGUCCUCUUAAACAAAUGCCUGAAACCUUGGAGCCCCAGCAACGCUCAGGCAGAUUCAGGCAUCUGAGGCAACUGAUCCAGCAGCUCUUGUGCCAUUGCAGCCGUCCACAUGAAACAGAGAGCACCAUCCAGGAGCCAGGGGAAUUCAUUGAGACAAUGACACCAGAAGAGAUAGAUGCUUGGGAACAGGAGGAGCUGAACAAGAAUGUGUGCUUUGACAGCUGCCGCGUAGAUCCCUCCCCUUUCCAACUGGUGGAGAGAACUUCCCUGCACAAGACACACACGUUGUUCUCACUGCUGGGCCUCAGCCAUGCCUAUGUAACCAGCAUGGGGAAGCUGAGGGGAGUGUUGGCUUUGGAAGAGCUCCAGAAGGCAAUAGAGGGUUCCACCCGUUCUGGGGUCCGUCUCCGACCACCCCUCGCCAGUUUCCGUGACAUCAGGACCUCAGCCAACACUGAGGUGGGGCAGGGCACUGAGGCGUGGAGCCGGGAGGACAACGGCACGGCGGCAGCACAGCAAGCAGCAAACCUGGGCACUGAGAGCCCUCUGCCUCCCUGCUCACACUCCCCACAGCCCUCACACUCACAGGAAGAGGGGGAAGUCCCCAGCUCCGCUUGUGCCACGGAUACUGAGCUGGAAGAGAUGGAGCUGACAGGGCCAGUUGCUGAAAACAUCUCAGAUAUCCUCAAGGACAUAAACCUACGCACCACUGACCUGGAUGAAGAUGAAGAUGAGGAUGAGGAUGUUGCCUUAUAGCUGGUGUGAGGGUAGCAGUCCAUCACACCCUUCAGUGAGCCAGUCUUCUUGUAUUUGCUCCUCCAAGAGAAGCUUUUGGAUAUU